UGUGGCCGGAGUCGCGGCCCAUUGGCUGGCGGCCGGAGCCGGGCCUCGCUCCCCGCCCGGUGACACAAUAGCGAAUCCAAGAUGGCGGAUCCGGGCGCAGGAAGCUUGCACGGGGGGGACGCGGCGCUGCCGUGCCCGCCCGAGGAGCAGGAGCUGAGCCAGCGCCUCCGCCGCCUCUACCCGGCCGUGAACCAGGACGAGACGCCGCUGCCGCGGUCCUGGAGCCCCAAGGACAAGUACAACUACAUCGGUCUCUCGCAGGGCAACCUGCGCGUCCACUACAAAGGUCAUGGAAAAAAUCACAAAGAUGCUGCUUCAGUCAGGGCCACACAUCCCAUACCUGCAGCUUGUGGCAUUUAUUACUUUGAAGUGAAGAUUGUCAGUAAAGGUAGAGAUGGGUACAUGGGAAUAGGCCUCUCAGCCCAAGGUGUCAACAUGAACAGACUUCCUGGCUGGGAUAAACACUCAUAUGGGUACCAUGGUGAUGAUGGGCAUUCCUUCUGUUCUUCGGGGACAGGCCAGCCCUAUGGUCCUACGUUCACUACUGGAGACGUGAUUGGCUGCUGUGUCAACCUCAUCAACAACACCUGUUUCUACACAAAGAAUGGCCACAGCUUAGGUAUAGCCUUUACAGACCUCCCUUCAAAUCUAUAUCCCACUGUGGGGCUCCAAACACCAGGCGAGAUAGUCGAUGCCAAUUUUGGGCAGCAGCCAUUUGUGUUUGACAUUGAAGACUACAUGAGGGAAUGGCGAGCAAAGAUUCAGAGCACCAUCAAGAGAUUUCCUAUAGGAGACAGACUAGGCGAGUGGCAAGCAAUGCUCCAGAACAUGGUAUCUUCCUACCUGGUUCAUCAUGGGUACUGUGCAACAGCAACUGCCUUUGCCAGAGUGACAGACACCACAAUCCAGGAAGAUCAGGCCUCCAUAAAAAAUAGGCAAAGAAUACAGAAACUAGUAUUAGCAGGCAGAGUGGGAGAGGCUAUAGAGGCUACACAACAGCUCUACCCUGGCCUCCUAGAACACAAUCCUAACCUGCUCUUCAUGUUAAAGUGCCGGCAGUUUGUGGAGAUGGUGAAUGGAACAGACAGUGAAGUGCGUUGUUUCAGUGCCCGUAGCCCCAAAUCCCAGGACAGUUACCCGGGGUCCCCCAGCCUAAGCCCUAGACAUGGAUCAAACAACUCGCAUGCUCAUAGCACUGGAGCAGACAGUCCAAGCUGUAGCAAUGGAGUCAUGUCCACCAAAAGCAAACAGAGCCACAGUAAAUACCCAGCCCUGAGUUCAUCAUCUUCCUCCUCCUCAUCAUCCUCUCCUUCAUCUGUGAACUACUCUGAGUCAAAUUCAACAGAUUCCACCAAAUCCCAGCAGCACAGUAGUACGAGUAACCAAGAGACCAGUGACAGUGAGAUGGAGAUGGAAGCUGAACAUUACCCUAAUGGAGUGCUUGAAAACUCAUCCACCAGAAUAAUGAACGGCACCUACAAACAUGAAGAGAUCCUACAGACUGAUGAGUCCAGCAUGGAAGAUGGCUGCCCCCAGAGGCAGCUCUGUGGAGGGAACCAUGCUGCCACAGAGAGAAUGAUCCAGUUUGGGCGGGAGCUGCAAACCCUGAGUGAGCAGCUAUGCAGAGAAUAUGGGAAGAACACGACGCACAAAAAGAUGCUUCAGGAUGCUUUUAGCUUGUUAGCGUAUUCUGACCCUUGGAACUGUCCUGUUGGUCAACAGUUGGAUCCGAUCCAGAGGGAACCUGUGUGUGCUGCACUCAAUAGUGCUAUAUUGGAAUCUCAGAACCUGCCAAAGCAGCCCCCCCUGAUGCUUGCCCUGGGCCAGGCCUCUGAGUGCUUGCGGCUCAUGGCUCGUGUGGGCUUGGGUUCCUGCUCCUUUGCCAGAGUGGACGACUAUUUGCACUAGCCACCAGAGUGAGAUGGAGUGAUGUCCUCCAGUGCUGCCCUUCACCCUCCAUUGCCGCCACCAACACCACCUCUUCCCUAGCCUGACCUCCCUGCUGCCCAGUGAAAGGACAAAAUGCUGGUUGAGUUAGUCCCUCAUCACCAGUGGUCCCUCAGCGCACAGCAGUUUCCAGCCCCAGAAGUGGCUGGCAGACCUCUCCCAUCUCCCCUGUCACUGUGGCUGCAGCAGCACUCAGUAUUUGCUGGUUAAUCUAAUGUAGCGCCUUCCGAUUUAGGUUUUUAUCUUUAUUUUUUUUCUGACUGAGCCACCAGUAUUUAUAUCUGGAGAGUAUGUACUGAGCUGGUUUCUGCUAAUUUAGUGAUAAAGCUCAUCCAAGUUGGUGACAGCUUGUUGUUUUCUUAAGAACUGCAUCUCCAUCUCCACCCUUGCCCACCCACCACUGCACGCACACACACAAUAUUUAUCCCAUUCUGGUUAUCUGAGCUCUUCCCCAAGAACAGUUUAGUGUUUUUAUUUAAAUCCCACUCAUUAAAAAGGUCUCUUCCACCUUGGCAAAAAAGUUGUUCAUGUAUUUAUUCUCCACAGUCCAACACCACUUGUGCCCUUCCUACCCACCCCUUCCUGCAGUUAUUUUUAGGCUCUCUCCUGCCAGGUACUCAAAAUGGGAAGUGAUUCUUUUUCCAAGAACUGUUUCAUCACUUAAGCAUGUUUGUCCUGGUAUUGGGAAAAGCGAGAGGAAGGGAUACCUCUACCUUGUUCUUGGCAGUUGCACUAAAAAGUCCAAACACCAGAAGGAUACGGAUCAAAGGCACAGGGCUUUGUGUUCAGUUACAAACCCCUCUUUUCUGCAAGCUAGGCCCCCUUUCCAUAAUAAGGCUAGGGGCUGAAAUGCUGCCUUAGUUAGAACUGUCUGCCAGGAAUCUUCAUGGUCACAUAUGAAAUAAAUCCACAGGGCUGUUCCUAAAGUGCAAAAGCUUGGUGGAAGCGCUGUACUUGAGACAGCAGCUGUCCUGUUUCUAUUCCUGCAUCUUGCAAACGUUUUUAAUUUUAUAGGAUCAGGCUAUGUACAGCAUCCUUUUAAUGCAAAUUUUUAUGUAAAUAGGGGCCAAACCAUUAUAUUACAUUAAAGGCAGCAGGUAUGUUUUCUGGAGGCUUACUAAAAAGUGUUUUGAGUUUGGAAACAAAGCAAGCCCCAAAUAGCUAUGACUACUUAACCCCAAACAAGAAUUGAUGCUUCAGUUCUGUAAUAUGCUUCAAUUCUGUGGAGGCAAGGAUUUCUUAGAGUGAUAACUUUUACUGGACUAACUGCAUAGUCAAACUUUAAAAUACAAGAUGUUCUUCAUAAGCUAGAGAACUGUCUGAUGAAGAAUGUCUUGAAUUUGAAAGCUUGUCUAACUCUAGCCCAGCUAUGCAGUUGGUUCCAUAAAAGAUAUCACACUACAAAAGCCUUGGCUCACAUAAUUCCUGGACCAUCACAAUUACAAUGCAACUCUAACACUAUCAAUACUGUGGGCUCAUGAAAGUGCUGCCAUGCAUUUUGGAUUACAAGCGCACACUGGUUAUAGUGUUUAGAGCAGUGUGUGUGGCUAUGUGACUAAUGAUACAUGACAGGGCUUUAUGCAUUUCAUGUUACAGCCACAUGUCAUUGUUCACACAUAAGAUGAUACAGUAUGAUUGCAGGUAAAAAACAGUACACCUGAUCUGACUGAAUCCCAGUAGAACUUUGGUUGUAAGAUUGGAGUUGUUGCAGAAGUGCCAAUGCUGCAUGUACCUCUGUUUCUUUAAAAAAAAAUGUAAAUCACUUAUUUAGAAGGACUAAUGAGAAAUUGAAAGUGUGUGUAUUACGAUUCACUUGCACAUACUUGGUGUAAGGUAUAGGGCCCUGAUGCUUACAAUUUCAUUUGUCCCAUCCUUUCGGCUCAAAUAGCAAGGGAAUGUAUAUACCACAUGAAGGAAGGACUGGCUAGUAUCUGUUAGCGCCUGUCUCUCUACAUGUUGAGUGUUAGCUAUGUUGGUUUGGAGGAAACCUCCUCACUGAGCUAAGCACCAUGAGCAGAGGACUGAAGCUGUAACAGGUGACUCUAGGGCAGGGGUGGUCAAUUAUUUCAGGCAGAGGGCCACUUACUGAGUUUCAGCAAGCCAUCGAGGGCCACGUGACAGGCAGCCCAGGGCAGAUUAAUAUUAAUUUUCUACAUUUUUUAGGGGCCCCACAGGCCGGAUAGAAUGGCCUGGUGGGCUGCAUGCGGCCCACCCCUGCUCUAGGGCACCCCUCUGCUGAAGCCCAGCCCCCACAGUCAGAGCUGCAUUUGCAGACUUGUCUGCCUGGUAUUGCACACAUGCCAUGCUGAAAUGCUAUGCCUAUUCCACACACUAGCUCCUAAACGAAAAGUAGUAUGCUUGCAUAAGUGAGGUGCUGCGUGCAAGCCAAUAGGUUCUGCCUCUCAAUUAGAGCUUCUUGGCAUGCACACGGUACUGCACUGACCUGGCUACACUUCUAGCAUAGGAGUCUAGCAGCAGUUCAUGUCUUAGCAUUGUGCUGCUUUGCACUGCUUAGACAUAUCCAAGGAGUCCCUAGCAGCCCAUGCUUGAGGCCAGACAGGGGACGGGUAGAGGGGCUUCCUGCACUGCAGAACAUUCCUGUCCAUGGUUGUGGUGGAAGACAGAAGGCAAGCCUCCUCAGACAGCUGUUUGGUGGAGGCAGGGCAAGAUAUAAAGAUCCCCUGCUAAGAUGCAGCUGCCAUGAUUGUGUGAUGUGAAACUGUAGCCUGUAUGUAGAUGGUGAUUGCCACCUAUUGGUGAAAGUGUAGAACUGAAAGUGUUCCUUGAGUAGGCAAAGGGACUAACUCGGGCGGAAUCCUCCAUUCUGGCGACUUUUCACCUGUCUGCUCCUGCCUGUAUCAUCCAGUAGAAGUACCUCACUGGAUUUGCUGCAUUAGCAUCUGCUGAAAGCAGGGUAAUGUGAUCUUGCAUUCAUAGUUGCUCUUCAUUGUGAACCAUCUGGUUUUCAGCCCUCAUCAGGCUAGGCUUUGCUAAUUUGGGGUUGAUGGCCUAGGUCUAUACUUAGUAACUCACUGUAUCCCUCAACCUUGAGUACUCUCCCAAGUGCUUGUCAUCUCUUGUGUUUUCUUGGUUGCAUGAAGCUAUCCUAGCUUCAGCCUACUUAAUACCACUACUACCUCCUUCUUUGCAGAAUUUUCUUUGGGGUUGUACUUUUUGCUAGUACAUACAGUGGUAGUUCUUGCAUCUUUUUAAGCAGAGCUGUUUCUUUCAUAUAGUGUAUUAAUGUGCCCAUUGCUUUCUGUAUUGGCCUUGCAGUAUGGAUCAUUUUCUUUCUUGGCAAACAUGUCUGAAAACUGCUUGCUUCAUAACUCCACUAACUUUUCUAGAGCACGGGUAGGUGGCUUCUUGCUGGCGCUCGCCAGAGCUUGCAACCUGGGCAUCCAUGAAGGUUGAAAGUCUCUGCCUCUUCGAAUAACUAGCUGCUGGAUUCCCAAUCCAUCUGCAGCAAAGGUAAGUUCAGGUGGUGCAGAAAGGAUGGGCAUGGCACACCUGUGUGAUGCCAUUCCCCCAUCAGACCUCUUCAUGGGCCAGAUCCGGCUGCGGCCUGUGGGCUGCCAGUCCCUGUUCUAGAGCAGUUUGUUUAUCUUCAGUUUCCCCUUUGUUAUAAUAAAGCAUCUAUGAAAUGUUCUUGAGCCAAGGCAUCUGGAAGUCCCUUUGAGACAUCUGGCAUUGUCCUAUUAACUGCUAUUUUGCUGUCUUCACCCAGUUCUCAUAGGGAGUGUUCAUGGUAUGGAGCUUACCUUGGUGCUCAGUUCUGUUCUGGUUAAUGAACACUGUUGCUCCUCUGAUCUAUUGUUUAUUCUGUUAAACUUGUUCAAAGAGUGCCAGGUUGAUUUUUUUUUUUUUUUUUUUUUUUCCUCCUGAGCUGACCCAGCUUUGAAUUGGCCAUGUAACCAGAGCGACUGCAGGUACUUCUUUCAAGUUCUUGCAACUAGAAUCUUGCUUCUGGCUCCUUGGGUGAAAGGAAUACUAUCUUUUCUGCUGUGACAACAGUUUUCCUAAUGACUCGAGUUCUUCAGUUCUGUUCUUCAGUUUCUGGUUGCUUCUGUGCCUUUCCUAGCUCUUUUGGUUUGUGAUGAGCUCUUGAUAAGAGAUCAUUGGCCAUUGGUUCUUCCCAUUUCUUGGAUAUUGAAUCAUCAUAAUUUGCAGGAAAGGAUGUAUUUUUUGCAGUGGGUUUUUUUGAGCUUGUUCUCAUUAUUCCCUGUGAGAUCUUUCACAAAGUGUGGGGCUAUCAGGGCUGCUCCUGUAACCUUCAUGCUUUUGGGGAACCCAAUACUAAUACCAGAUAGGAGGCAAGUGGUUGGACACUCAUUAGGAGCCUGUUUUGGAGACAUCUCAAGGACUGCAAUCUGCAAAGUUGUAAUGGUUGGUAGCCCCAUAAGAGGAUAGGAAUUACCAGAUCAGCCUAGUAUCCUGCCUUUGUAAAUGUCCACGAGCUGGUAAUUCAAAGAGAGAAAAAAAAAAAAAAGGCACAUGGUAUUUGCCUGAUUGUGAAAACCCCCCCUGAUUUGCACCACCCAGUUAUAGCCUAAAGCAUGAGACAGAUUUCCUUGUGACAUAUGGAAGAAGAGAUGUCCAGUGAAGCUAAUGGUGAGACUCAUGUGUAAAGGUACCAAGGAAAAUAGAAACUGAACUCCAGCCUGCAUCCUCUUUUCCCUUGUGUCCUGAGCCCCAGUUGUUCAUGCCUUCAGGAGUCUUAGACUUCUUUACCAAUACUCACAUUCUGUCUGGAGCUUACUUGAGUCUCCUGUUCCUUUUUUCCAAUUAUUUACCUUACAGAUAACAGAAAAUACAAAUAUAAUGUUUCAUUUGCACAUGUGAACCAACAGUCUAGUCAAAUUACCAUUCUCAGUUAUUUUAUUUCAUUGCAACUAUUGGCAGGCUAACAAAGAGCAGGAAUGCUGCUUUCGUUCUCCAUUUUGCCCAGUGGCCGUUUGUUUCAUCCCAUCUGCCAAGCUUCAGCUGCAAUAUGGUGCCUACAGCCAUCUACAAUAUGGAGAUCACUGGCACAGCGGGGUGUUCCUGAGAGUGCAAGCCAACCCUGAUUGUUUUCUCAGCAUGUUUUAGAGUCCCAUCCCGUUUUUCUAUGGCAAUUAUAGCAAACAUCAAACAACACUAGUCUGUCAUUUAACUACACAUGAAGACCAUACUUUUCUAUAUUAUUUCCUCACUGGGCCUUGAUGACCUUCUAUGGGUCAUAAAUGCCAUGUGAUUGGCACGUUAUGAAGUUACAAGUAGUCUGACAUUUAAAAGCACAAGUAUUAUUGAUUCUAUUUAAAUGUCUAUUGUGAUUGUGUAGAUAACGUUAUCCAUUCUCUCUCUCAGUCGCUUAUCCCACCUUUUGCUAGAGCACUGUAGGUCUCCAUUAUGAACACUUUCAAAUAUACCUUAGAUUAUUAUAAGAGCACCAAAGCUCUGUAUAAUCUACUGGAUCCAUCUCUAAUUUUCGAGAUAUAACAACCGUUAUUGAGCAUUAAAAAUUCACAGAUAGCUUUGUCCUGCUGCUGCCUCUGUAUGCUGUAAAUUGUAUUUGAAGUGUCCCAUGAUGGGCAAACAAGUUGCGAAUAUUCAGUGUAAGCAUUGCUGCUGUCCUGCAAGCAGCUGAAAUGAAACAGACUCAAGCCAGAUUUGUUUUUUUCUGUCAAAACUUCCACAAAUGUAUGGUGUUACUCUGUACAGAGACAAUAAUGUAGCCUAUGUUCUGAUCCUGAGCAUUUGGAAGAGUGACUGUCAAUCUGUGGGCUUGUAUCCAAGUUAGCUAAACGUGACUUCGAAGUGAGUUACAUCAUUAAACUUCUGUUGGUUUUCCUUUGUUCAAGGUUAGUGGCCUUCGUUUGAUUUGAUUUUCUUGACUUUGAAAAGGGAAGUAAGCCAAACCAAAUGAAGGCCAUUUUAAUUCUGAACAAGAGUUUGAAUGCAGUUGAAUGGAUCAGUUUUAAGAAGUUUUCGUGAGUGUCCCCAUGCAGACAGGCCCUCAGGAGUGACUAUGGAACGGGCCUUCCUGAGUCCCUUUGUUUCAGCAGGACAGUCAGGCACAUUGUCCCCUGCACUUCUGUUUUGCUCCUUCUUAAAAAAAAAAGAAAAAAAAGAAAAAGUCUGCUCCUGGCAUGUUCCUUAUGCACUGCUCAAUAAGAAUCUGUGUUUCCCCACGUGGCAGCACAGGUAAGGAAACCUACUGCACAUGGCUCGGGAGAAUCCCAGGAGUAGAACAGCAGGGCUGCAGGUCAGGAGCAAAGGACAGUAGUAGCUGUGGGAUAACAGGAAAGUGCUACCAAGCACAGCUGAAGAGCAUUGCAGACUGAGCUCUGGCUGGCUGUGAGCUGAUCCACUCACAUAACCACCAGCUUCCUCUGUGGGUUCUGUCCAUGCCACAGACCAACUCGGCCCUGCUACACUAAAAAUCAGGAGUAAUGUAAUUGUCUUGGAUGCAUGGCAGUAGUGUAAAAUCACUGAGAGACCAGUCAGCCCUGUGGAUCAAGCAAGCCAGGGGGAGAGGUGGGGGGUGUCCCCACAGCAGCCCCAGGUCUGGAUCAGUUAGAAUUGUUGCUAUCCACUUGGGAAUCCAGCUUGACAUUGAAAACAGCCAGACAAGGGUUCUCCCAAGACUGUCUUGUCAGGAUGGAUAUGGGCAUGGCAAAAUGGUUGGGGAAGGGAAUUGCUUUGGCUGCACUUCCUGUCCCAUUCCAUAGGGGGUGCUGAAAUAGCGCUGUGGCUGGCUUGUAGGGAGCACAUGUUUAUUCUUCCUCUCUCUCUAAUUGCCAAAAGAGGAUUUCUGGUUAUUUUGUGCCUCAUUAUACUAUUUCCAGCUCAUUUAGAGUUUUCACUUCCUACCCUCACAAUCACAUAGCUAUUCCCAAAUGCUCAGUGUGCCUCCAUCCAACUGUGGCUCCAGUUCAUGUGCAAGGAGCUGCACAUGCGGGGCAUGGGGGACAAUGAGCUCCUCCACAAGCAUCUUUGCCAGAGUAGUGAUCCCACUAGCUUGCAGCACUCAAUGCAUAGAACUGUUUUACUGUACUACCUGCGUGGUUGUUUCUACUGUUCUGACUGUCAAGGGGAGGCCUUGUCUUGGGUGACACCUGUGGUUGUUCUGGUUACUCUAAGGCUUUGCUUAAAUGAGGUUUAGCUAAUUGUUGUUACACAAGUGUGAAUAGAGAAGAGUAUGUCAACCCAAAUGUGGUCUGGUGACGCAUCACAAAAUAGCCAGUGUGCUGGUGAGACCAGGCCAGGGAAAGAAAGGCCUUUUGCUGUGUGAUUGUACGUGAAUCAGAUAUUCUAGUCUUCUCCCUCUUGGGGGGGCAGCAAGAUAAUGGGUCCAGUUCCACAUUUCUGUUUUUGGCCUUUAGCAAGACACCUUGCUUUUCUUUGUCUCCAAUUUCCUAUCUGACAUGGGAGAGGCCCUCCAAUGGAAAGUGUUUUGACAUCCGUGGUAGAAAGAGCCAAGUAUCCAUAGCAUCCAACUAACUACCCAGGUGCACCCCAGACUCCUGUGCUGUUGAAGGCAGUCUGAAAAACUGACCAUGCAUAGCCUCUUGGUCUCCUUCUUGGCAGGAAGUCAUCUUUCCAGACUUGGUUCUUGAUGUCUGAGCUGAUAGGUGCUUUGAACAGUGUCCUUCUUCCUGUGUGAGGAAAUGGAGCCCAGUAUCCACCACUAGCCAGGUUUGUGAUUGGGUUAGAAAGGGAGUUUUAGAGCAGGUCUCCAAGAGACAGAGUGCUUAGAGCCUUGUAAUGAGGAAGCACUGGAUCACCCUGUCUAACCAUUCCCCUUUGUUCCCCCGGUCUCUCACUGAAAACAGAUAUUAGUCUCCUGCAGAAGACAGAUACCUUGUGGCCCCCUCUCUCUGCCUAACAAGCCAAUGUUAUCAUUAGAUUGAUGGUAGUUUAGUAUACACUGCAUCCCAACCAGUAGCUUGAAAUGAAACCAGAGAGUACUCCUGAUACGUCUGUGGGGACAGGAAAGGUGGUGGGGGUGGUGUCGUAGUUUAGAGCUUCCUGCCUUGGGGGUGGUGCUGUGAGUUGGAUCUGGCUCUGGCUAUGUGCUUGCCAAACUGAUAAUUUGGGAGUGUCUCACUUGAAAAUAAACAUUCCUUCACUGGCAGUAGUCUUAAGCACCUUAUACCUUACACCUUUGAUGACCUGCUUAGGUCCCUUCUGACCCUACCAACUAUGAAACUACCCACAGCCAGUUUAUAAUGAGGGCUUUGCACUGCAGAGAUAUUCCCAAAACCUAUACAAACCCCAUUCCCUCCCAAACUGAGAUGGCUUCCUACAACUGGCUUUCCCUCUCCCUGCCCCCAUCCCCACCACCAACCAUUCAGCUUCCUUUCCCCCCUCAUUUUUGGUCCAUCUUCCACACACUUGACAAGGUGAAUUCCACAACCUUGGAGGGCUUUAUCCCAAAUUAGUAGGAAGUGCACAAAGUGUACCAGUGGCUUUGGCUUGGUGGGCUCCCAUCAUUUCAAAUUCUGAAAUGAAAACCAACGAAUGGCUCUGGGGGGGUUGGAUUUUUACAGAAAAUUUUAAUGAUACAAAAUGGAUGUGACACUAUUUAAGGCUAUUCUGUUUAGUAAUUUUAGUUGGGAUUUUUAUUUUUCAUAUGUGUACUUAAAUGUGCUCCUCUUGACUCUGUAGACACCAUCAUGUGGAAGGCUGCGAGUAGGAGGCUGCUGAUGACAUCUUAAACUUCUGUAUACAGUAUAUAAGGAGAAAAAAUUCAAUGAAGUAUACAUUCUAAUUUAAUUUUCUUCUGGUUGCUCAAAACUCAGGUAUGAAAAGUUCAGCUCUAGCAUGGAAUGUGAGGACACUCUUGUUUUGUUUCUUUUUACCAGCCAUGUCAACCAUAAAAAAACUCACAAUACAAAUAGUGACUGAGCAGAUAUUCUCUCUGCUCCUCCAGACUCUACAGCAUCUUUCAAGGGUUUUUCCUCUUUGUUAAGAACAUCAGCUAAAUGGACAUCAUACAAGUUGUGCACAUUGGUUCAGUCUAAGCUUAGUAUUUGUGAAUUAAGUUACCCAAUGCUAGCAUGAAACCUUCAGAAGGAGGAAAUUUUAACUGAAAAAACCUAUUAAAAAUGUAUUGGAAAUAUGGUAAAGAAAACCCACAUUCUGUUGUAUUUUGACAGAAUUAUUUUUAUUAAAAUACACAUCCAUGUUCAA